AUGUUUGCUGAAAGAGGACGCGAAGAAGAAGAUUACGAUUAUUUAAUUAAACUGCUAGCAUUAGGUGAUAGUAAUGUCGGAAAAACAAGCCUUCUGUAUCAAUACACCGAUGGCGUUUUCAACGUCGACAUGAACGCGACAGUAGGUGUGGAUUUUAGACAAAAACGCGUUAUACGUGAAAAUAAACAGGAUGCCAAUGGACUUUUGGGCCAGAAACAACGACUUUAUUUGCAGCUUUGGGAUACUGCUGGUCAGGAAAGGUUCGUUUUCAUUUUUGAUUGA